AUGAGUUCGCCCCUCGCCGCGGAGUUGUCUGAGUUGGCGGUGGUCCCCGGGAUUGCGGCUGUCGGCGCCCCACGCGCUCACCGCGCUCGGCUCCCGGGGCUGCCGCCCACGCUUGAGCACUACCGCGGCGCCGGGGCAGCAGAGGUGCCGAGCUUGCGUCCCCGCCCCAAGUCAAGAGAAAGGAGGGUUGUCCCCGGCCGAGGCGCUCGGCCGCGCGGUCUGCCGGCACUGUCCCCCCAAGCCGGUCUUCUCUCCAUGGCGUCUCAUCAGCAAACCCGGAUCCAGGCUUACCUGGAGAAGAACAAGAUCGGCCCACUGUUUGAGGAAUUAAUGACCAAGUUAAUAACUGAGACACCUGACCAGCCAAUCCCAUUUCUUAUUGACCAUCUUCAGUCUAAACAGGGAAACCGUGGACAGCUUCAGAGAACUUUGUCUGGUUCUGCAGCUCUCUGGGCAGAAAGUGAAACAUCAGAACAUAAAGGAACAAGAAGGGAUUUCAGAAAUUAUGAUAAACCCUGGCAACUAAAUGCGAAGAAGCCUAAAAAGUCGAAAAGUGACAUUGCUGUGUCUAGUAUUUCUCCACCAUCACUGGAAUCCAAAUCAUUGCCAAGGUCAGCCGAGCAUCCUAAAUGGAACUGGCGGACUAAACCUGAAAGCCGUGAUUUUGAUGAAUUAAACCACAUCCUUCAGGAGAGCAGGAAGCUGGGAAAAGCCCUUGAGAAUCUCUCUCGAAGUAUUGCAAUUUCAGAUGAACUUGAUAAGGAAACAUUGGCUUUUAAUUCAUCUCUUCUGCGACCCCGUGUGAUUGGAGAAUGGAUUGGUCGAGAAGAAAAUGAUGCCGAUCCAUUAGCUGCGGAAAUGCUGCAGCCCCCAAUUCCAAGAAGUAAGAAUGAACAGUGGGAAAGUGAAGACAGCAGCUCUAGCCCUGCAGGAAGUUUAAAGAUGGAACUGAAGACUAAGGGAUUAAAACAGCAGCAACAACAACAUAAGAAACUUCUGGCGGCAAUGCUCUCUCAAGAUUCUUUUGAAUCCAUCCACAGCCCUACCCCAUCUGUAGCAGAAGAAGAUAUUGAUAAUGAAGAUGAUGCAAUGGAAUUGCUGGAGGAUCUUGAUGACUUACGAAUGGAGGGAGUAACUACUCUGGUGCCUUCUGGGAGCAAAUUUAACCAAGGUCGUACUCCCUACCCUGCUGAACCUCAGGCCAAGGUCACACUGAACAUCUGCUCAAGGUGUGCCAGGCUUCAAGGAGAGAACCUGGCAGAAAGGACAGAAGAAACAUCACAGAUGCUUCAUUCUCCAGAUGACCUAAUCCCAGAUUCUUUGGAUUCAUUACCUGGAACUGAAGAGGCCCUAAUGGAGGAAGGUGAAGAAUUUGAGAAAGCAUCUAAAUUAACAGGACAUGGAGAAGCUUCCAGUGGGGGACAGUCAUUGAAAAACUACAUGGAAGAAGAUGAAUCCUUAAAGCAACUGCAAGUAGUUCAUCAACCAUGGAUCUUGCCAAGUGACACAGAAAGUGAAGGAGUAGAAACAGAACAAGAUAAACGUUCUGCUGAACUUCUUCUUUGUGUUCCAUGCUCUUCUUGUCCUUCACUGGUCUACUCUGGUAUGUUUGCUUCCUUGUAUUAGGGCAUUUAAUAUCACUGUCAGAUAACUAUGGGUUCUAUCUACGACUUCUCAAAGUUCACAGCCCUCUUUACCUCUAAAGAGAAAAAGAUAUUUUCCCAGGUACCCUGCAUGAUGUUUCCUUUUUCUUUCUAUGGAGGUUCGUAGGUGUCAGGAACCUCACUGAGUCUGUAUUCUCCCAUGACAAGGUGGUGGGAUGGGGCUUUUGAACA